CUUGUCGUUCAAAUCUGUGCUCCGCGCCAUCUCUGUGAGCAACUUGCGUAUCGUGCUGCGCUUUUAUUGAGUGUUGUUUUGUGGUGAAAUAUUUGGUUUACUGGAAAAAUUUGGAUUUGUAUCGAGUCUUAUUGAUUUUUGAAACAGGAACUGCACACACCAUCCUGUGUUUGACUGCAUACAUCCUGAACGCCUUAGAAAAUGAAGGACAUAGUUCGACUGUGGAACAGAUUGGUUGGUGGUACCUACGACGUUGUCAACACCAAUGCCAGAUUUAAGAACUGUCCUUACAAGGAUCCAGUUUGCAUCGAAAAGGGCAGUAUUCCUGAAAAAAGGGGUGCCAAAGUCGGUAGCAGAAAGUGGGCCAUCAGUUUUGCAGUCCUUGGUAUAGCUUCCUUCAUAUCAGGAAUAUUGAUAUUCAUCAUAAACCCAUACGAUCUCAUCUACAGAUAUAAAAUAAUGUUUGGAGAGGGAGGAGAGGUUUUUGAUUUGUGGAGAGUACCUCCAGUAGACCUUUAUCUUCGAGUCUUCCUUUGGAACAUCACCAACAAAGAGGAGUAUAUGAGUGGUAUAGAUAAUAAACUGAAGAUACAAGAAGUUGGUCCCUAUGUUUACAAGGAAUUGAUGUCUCAUGAGAACAUAACCUUCAACGACAACUUCACGGUUUCUGCCAUACCAAGCCAUCCCUUGGUCUUUGUGCCAGAAAUGUCCGAAGGAAGACUAGAAAACGACACCAUGAUCCUACCCAACAUUGCCCUUCUGAGUAUAGCCCAAGUAGUAUCCGACGAAAACUCUUACUUCACCAGGUUAGGCUUAAACAUGCUUAUACGUCAAAUUGACCAACAGCCUUUAGUCCAAAUGACAGCGAGAGAGUUCAUGUUCAACUACACAAACUCUCUAAUGAGCCUUGGCAAUCAGUUCAUGCCCGGUUGGAUCACUUUCAAGAACCUUGGUCUCAUCGACAGGAUGUAUGACUUCGACGGAGACUUCGAAACUGUGUACACUGGAGAAGACGACAUUAAGAAGGCAGGACUGAUAGACAUGUGGAGAGGUUCGACAAAGAUACCCCAAUGGGAAAUGCCUUGCGGAAAUGUCAGGGGAGCCUCUGAUGGUGCAAAGUUCCCUGCUUUUAUCGAGAAGGACGAAAAGCUUCUGUUUUACAGAAAGAGUAUGUGCAGGGCUAAAUAUUUGGUAAAAGUCAAUGAAACCGUAAAGGAUAGCUUCCAAUCCUACGUGUACAACUUCCAAGAAGACUCUCCUGAAACAGAAAAAUGUUUGUGUUACGAUAAAUCAAAUUGCUUCCCCAGAGGACUCCUUGAUGUUCACGGGUGUUACUACGGUUUUCCAAUAGCUCUGAGCAGUCCUCAUUUCUAUAAUAAUGACCCCAUUCUCAAGGCCAAAGUUGAAGGAGUUAAUCCUGAUGCUUCCAAGCAUGAUUCUUACUUCGUAAUAGAACCUAAAUCUGGAGUACCAGUCGAAUUAAGGGCUAAUUUCCAGAUCAACAUGGCUCUUAGAGAUAUAACUUCAAUAGCUCAUGUUGACAAAUUUGCCAACAUGGUUUUGCCACUCUUGUGGGCUGAGUUUAGGAUGUAUGGUUUACCAGACAGCCUUAGAAUGAGACUACAACUAUACCUACAUAUCUUACCACUGGUAACAGAUGUCCUGAUGUAUACUUGUCUGAUAGGAGGCUUCUUUAUCCUUAUCUACUCAGUAUAUCGACUCACCCAGCUCAAAAACAACACGAAGAGGAGACAAGCUCCGUGGAUCCAUGAUGCGCCACAUUACAUUAAGAACACACUUUCAAGCUAUAGAAGUGAGAAGGAUCAAUACAAUAAUCCAACUGACAAAGAACUAGAAACAUAUUAUACCAGUGUAAUAAUUCCUUUAACCCAGGAGUUAGAAGAGACUGGUGAACUCAAGAGGUCUAGUGCAACUGCAUGAAAGCUUAUUAGACUUUUAAUUUAUUUCUGUGAUUACUAGUUUCUACUCAGAUCAAAAUAAUCAUGUUUGGAUGUAGCCAAUCAGAAUUCAGAUCUUGUUAUAGUGAAAAGAUCAGUGGUUCCUACCAAUCAGUGAUUUGGGCAAAUGGGUGAGGCUUGACUAGAUUGAUAUCAGUUCCUGAUUGAAUUUAAUGAUAUUUGAAUGCAAUGUCUGUAUGUUUCAAUUGUUGGCAAUUGAAAAGUUUCGAAAAUCUGAACUAAAGAAAGAAGCAAAUUUGAAUAACCAUAAACAUCUGUUGAAUGUAGGAAAUUAACAUUUUACUAAGUUUGAAUUGAAUGAGAAUAUACCCACUUUCGAUAAAUUCCAAUGAGAAGACAUAUUAAACCUCAGUUUAUUGAAAAUAUUUAAUAAAAUAAAUUACCUAUCUGUGAUAGUGAAAUGUUGAUUUGAAGGGUAAUUUUAAUCAGAUACAGGCGUCUACAUUUUUGCCUUGUAGUUUUGUUUUAAAAACACAAAAUGUAAUAAUGCUUUACAUCUGAUGUGUGAUAUUAUUUUUUUUAACUUAACAAUUUUGAAUGUUGAGAUAUUUUUAUGAUAAGGAGAGCAAUACUUGGUGCAUUAAGAAGUUUCUCAUAUUAUUAUCAUUUUAGUGGUAGAACUUUACAGGGUGACUGCAUAUUUAUUUAUUUUAGAUAAAUUAGGAACACACUCAUCAGUAUUUUGCGAUUUGUAAUAGAUUUAUAUCAUAACAAGUAUUCAGCAAUUCAUUACUAAAAAAAAAAAAAAAAUUAAAAAAAAUUGUAAAAUGUCAUAUAAAUAUAAAAAAAAUCAACCAAUAUAUCUAUUCCUUUUUGCAGAUUAUUGAAUAAUAGUGUUAUGUUCAGUCUAAUUUUUUUAUUGUCAUCAAGAUAAAUAAUUUUGUAAUUAUUUAUACAAAACGAGAAUACAAAGAAACACUGUUAAUAAUAUAAUGAAUUUAAGAAUGUGCCGGGUAAUGUACAAGAGAAGAAUAUAAAGAAAAAUAAAACUAUUUUCUUAGUUA